AUUAUUUUCAUUUUUCUCACAUCGCAACACACACUGAUGUCAGCGACUUGACGGUCUUGUUGAGAACUACAGCUUGGAUAUAAAAAAUACACAAAAAGAAAACAAAAAUAAUUGACAGCUAUUUUUUACUCCGAAAAAAAAAAAAUAAAUAACCUAAUUUAAUUAUUUAAAUUAUAAAAAAAAUCAAGUAAAUAUUUGGGUUUUGUUUGUUAUAUUGUUGUCAUUGUUGUCUGUCAAUUUUACAUACACACAGACAAUUCGAAUCAGCUGAUGAUAUUGAUGAUGUUUUUUAAACAUGGCCGAUAUUUUUAGACGUUUUUUGGAGCACUAAGUUGCUCACUUCUAUGUACUUAAAAUUAAAUUAAAUAUUUAUUUGUAAUAAUAAACAGUAAAUAAUUAUUAAAAUAUAUUAAUUAAUAAUUUUUAUAAAUUAUUUAAAUAUUCUGCUGAUGAUAUUAAGAAAUAAUAAUCACCGGUAUCUCAAAUAAACGUGGAAGUUUUGUUGAACGUCCCGGGCUUGGUAAAGUUCCAAAAAAAUAAAUAAAAACCUAGUCAUGGCAUCGAGAAAAGAAAAGUCAUUGAAAAAUCAUAAAAAAACAUAUUUCGAUUUGAUAAAAAAAUAUGGAAAUAUAAAUUUUGUCAUGUCAUUAUUGACAGAUCCAAAAAAGUUGGCAUUAAUAACUGGUGUAUUUGUUAUUGUUGAAUUAAUAUUAAAUAUUUUAGUUAUUCAUCAUGUUAAAUAUACGGAAAUUGAUUGGAAAGCAUAUAUGCAAGAAGUCGAAGGUUUUUUAAAUGGUACAUAUGAUUAUUCAAAGCUACGUGGUGAUACUGGACCAUUGGUAUAUCCAGCUGGUUUUGUAUAUGUUUAUUCAUUGUUAUAUUAUGCAACAUCUGCUGGUGUUAAUAUACGUGCUGGACAAUAUAUAUUUGCAUUAUUAUACAUGGCAUUAUUGAUUCAAGUAUUUAAACUUUAUGCAAGAACUAAAAAAGUACCACCUUAUGUAUUGAUAUUAAUUUUUUGUACAUCAUACAGAGUACAUUCAAUAUUUGUUUUACGUUUAUUUAAUGAUUCAAUUGCAAUGAUAUUAUUAUUUACAAGUAUUAAUGCAUUUAUUGAUGACAAAUGGUAUUAUGGAAGUGUAUUUUACAGUCUUGCUGUAUCAGUUAAAAUGAAUAUAUUAUUAUUUUCACCAGCAUUAUUCAUAGCAUACUUGUGUAAUCUUGGAUUGAUACAUACAGCAUUACAUCUUGGAAUUUGUGGAAUUAUUCAAGUUAUACUUGGUCUACCAUUUUUAAUUAAUAAUCCACAUGCAUAUAUAUCUGGUGCAUUUAAUUUUGGAAGAGUAUUUGAAUAUCAAUGGACAGUUAAUUGGAGAAUCAUACCAGAGGAUUUAUUUUUAAAUGGUAAAUUUCAUAUUGCAUUAUUGGCAUUACAUUUAGCUGCAAUAUCAUAUUUUAUACCAAGUUGGAUAACAUAUAUGCGUGGUUAUGCUAAAUUAAAAUUAAUUAGCCAAGAGCUAAAGCCAAAAAUGAAAAAAGAUACACAAAUUGAUAUGUCAACAAUUAGCCAGCUAUUUAUAUUUCCAUUAUUUGCUGCUAAUUUUAUUGGUAUUGUAUUUAGUAGAUCAUUACAUUAUCAAUUUUAUUUGUGGUAUUAUCAUACACUACCAUAUAUUGCUUGGUGUACACAUUAUCAAGUUGUUACUAGAUUAUUUAUACUUGGAGUUAUUGAAUUAUGCUGGAAUGUUUAUCCAAGCACAACUUGGAGCAGUGGAGCUCUUCAUGCUUGUCAUCUUAUGUUGUUAUAUGGACUUCAUAAAAAUCGUGUUAAAAGUACAAAAUUUGAUUAAACAAAAUAAUCUCUUUUCUUUUUUUUUAUUAGUAAAAUGAAUUUUCUUUUUUGUCAUUUUGUAAAUCGUCUUCCAUUUUAAUAUAAUAAUAUACUUAAAAUGUCGUUGAAAAAAAGAUGUUUUUUUUUUUUUCUUUUUAUAUAAACAUUUUUAUAAAUUAUGGAGAGACAAGUCAUUGUAAUGAAACCAAAUAAAAUUAUUUCAAUUGUG